GCAGAUGCGACGUCGUCUUGCCGUUCGUGUCCCCUCGCGCAGUCACGGCUCGCGCCUCCUCUCGAAGCGUUCCAUUGCAUCGUUUACGUUCCGCUCGUGUCCCCGGGAAGCGGGAAGGGCGUGCGCAGGGAUUCGUUUCCAGGACGAGGAGCUGCGUGAACAUGGCGUGCAUCGGGGACUUCGACCCCUUCACCGCCGCCAUCCCGGCCACCAAAGUGGAGCUGACCGUGUCGUGCAGAAACCUGCUGGACCGAGACACCUUCUCCAAGUCAGAUCCAAUAUGCGUCCUGUAUAUCCAAGGAAUUGCCAACCGGGAGUGGCGUGAGUACGGCCGCACAGAGGUGAUCGACAACACCCUGAACCCCGACUUCGUCCAUAAGUUCAUCAUGGACUACUUCUUUGAGGAGCGGCAGAACCUACGCUUCGACCUCUACGACUUGGACUGCAAGAGUGAGAAGCUCUCGAAGCACGACUUCCUGGGCCAGGCGUUCUGUACUCUGGGUGAGGUGGUCGGUUCCCUGGGAAGUCGCCUGGAAAAGCCUUUGAUUGGAAUCCCGGGGAAGAAGUGUGGGACGGUGAUCGUCCGAGUGGAGGAGCUCACCAACUGUCGGGAGUCUGUGAUGCUGCAAUUCUGCGGGAACAAGCUGGAUAAGAAGGACUUCUUCGGCAAGUCGGACCCCUUCCUGGUGUUCUACCGCAGCAACGAGGACGGAUCCUACACCAUCUCCCAUAAGACGGAGGUGGUGAAGAACACUCUGGACCCCGUGUGGCAGGCCUUCAAGAUCCCUGUGAGAGCACUGUGUAACGGAGACUACGACAGGAGCAUUAAGGUGGAGGUGUACGACUGGGACCGGGACGGAGGUCACGACUUCAUCGGUGAGUUCAGCACCAGCUACAGAGAGAUGUCCAGAGGCCAGACUCAGUUCCACAUCUACGAGGUCCUCAACCCCAAGAAGAAAGGCAAGAAGAAGAAAAAAUACCAGAACUCAGGGACAGUGACCCUGUUGUCCUGCCUGGUGGACUCUGAGCUCUCCUUUCUGGACUUCAUCAAAGGCGGGACUCAGAUCAAUUUCACGGUUGCGAUUGAUUUCACGGCGUCUAACGGGAACCCGUCCCAGCCCACCUCGCUGCACUACAUGAGCCCGUACCAGCUCAACGCCUACGCCAUGGCCCUGCGUGCCGUGGGCGAGAUCAUCCAGGACUACGACAGCGACAAGAUGUUCCCCGCGCUCGGCUUCGGCGCCAAGCUGCCCCCCGACGGACGGGUCUCGCACGAGUUUGCCCUGAACGGGAACCCCCAGAACCCGUACUGCUCGGGCAUCGAAGGCGUGAUGGAGGCGUACUACCAGAGCCUCAAGUCGGUUCGGCUCUACGGCCCUACGCACUUCUCCCCCGUCAUCAACCACGUGGCCAGGUAUGCGUCGGCAGUGACGGACGGCUCGCAGUACUUCAUCCUCCUCAUCAUCUCAGACGGAGUCAUCACGGACAUGGCCCAGACCAAGGAGUCCAUCGUCAACGCCGCCUCACUGCCCAUGUCCAUCAUCAUCGUCGGCGUCGGACCGGCUGAGUUUGACGAAAUGAUCGAGCUGGACGGAGACGAGGAGCGCAUCUCGUCCCAGGGACGUCUGGCCGAGAGGGACAUCGUGCAGUUCGUCCCGUUCCGGGACUACGUGGACCGCCGGGGGAACCACAUCCUGUCCAUGGCGCGCCUCGCCAAGGAGGUGCUGGCCGAGAUCCCCGACCAGUUCCUGUCCUACAUGCGGACGCGGGGCAUCAAACCGGGGACCUCUCCGCCCCCCUACACCCCCGCCAUCCACCCCCUCCUCACCCGGAGGGUGAGCCGGAUCUGAGGUCCCUCCCCCGCUCCUCCACCCUCCUGCCCCGCCUCACAGGAGGUCCUCGUCUGACGUAGGCUCCGCCCCCUGCCGCUCCGGGAGGAGACCUUCAAAGUCCUGAUGAUGAUGAUGAUGAUGAAGAUGAUGAC